AGCUGACCUUGCCAACCUAAAGCUAUUGACUGGGUUCAUAUUUCCAGCCAGGAGGGCUGAAAUGGGCAGGCCUGUGGCAAGCAGCACACCUCACAGAGCCAUUGCUCACAGCCCAGGGCAGAUUGUAUUCUGUAAUUCGUCACAGCUUCAGGGACCCCUGCAAGCAGACCCUGGGUUUGAAACCUUUAGCAGGAAAGCACCUGGGUAUAACCAGUGGCCUGAAGUUAUAGCCAGGCAGUAUUGGCACCCUCCACUCUGAAUGUGUAUUCAUAUCCCCAGGAACACAGCCUCUGGUUUAGGCAUGCAUCCAUCUGUACUCUUUAGCAUCCUGGGCCUAUGGCCUAAAACACCCCCACCCAUUAGAACCUGGCUCACCCACAACCCCCUUGUAAGACAAGAGACACUGGCGCCUGGCAUCCAUCUCUUAAUCUCCUGGCCAGACCAGGCUCUUAUUACCCUGCCUUCUGGGUCAGGAGGUCAGACAAAGGGUCACAGGGACAUUUUCCUUCCUGUCUCAGACAAAACCACUCCCUGGGGUCCUCUGGAGCCACAGAAGGGCAGAUUCCAAGGGGCCCUUUGUCUUGCCACCAGCUUUGAUCUCUGCUGAGAGCCUGACUGGCUCCCUGCCCUCCCCCUUGGGGGAGGAGCAACUAAUGCUGCUGGAGGGGGAAUGUUGGCUGCUGGAGCAGUGAAGGCUCCUUAUACUUUAGGGUCCUGAGGCUGUGUGCAGGGUGCUGGUUCUUUUCAGAAUGCACCUGGUCAUCCCUUGGGACCCCCAUAUAGGUGCCUUACAUCAGCUCCAUGUGCCUCAGUCAUAACCAUGUAACUGUCUAUGGCCAGUGAAUAUAGGUCAUCUCUUUCCUCCCAGAAUGACCAGGAGCCAGUGGCCUGCUUUCAGUGGAGGAAGUGUAUCUGGAAGGAAAAGUCCUGCUGAGUCAGGCCUUCAACCUAUGAAAUGUUAAGGUCAACCCUCACCCUCUUCAGCAGUUUUUGGGUAGGUGGGUGAGUUGGUUGGGUUUGGUUUUUCAAGGUAGGGUCUCCUUAUUCACUGUGUAGUCUCAGAGUGGCCUCAAACUCACAGCAAUCCUCCUACCUCUGCCUCCCAAGUGCUGGGAUUGUUCAAGGCAUGCAUUACCAUGUCUGGCUCUUUAGCAGUUUUUGAAACGGUUUCAUGUAUCCCAGACUGGCCUCAAAUCUCAGUCUUCCUGCAUCUGCCUCCUAAGUGUGUGCAGUACCCUGCCUGGUACCCUAGCAGGGACAUUUUUUUGUUUUUGUUUGCGUGUUUUUUGUUAAUAUUUUGAGAGAGAACAGGCACACCAGAGCUUCCAGUCACUACAAAUGAAAUCCAGACACAUGUGCCACCUUGUGCUUCUGGCUACGUGGGUACUGGGGAAUUGAAUGUGGGUCCUUAAGCUUCACAGGUAAGGGUCUUAACCACUAAUUCCAUUAUAAGACCUGGUAGAGGUGUCACAUUUACAGAGGUGAGCCUCAGGAAAAGAAGAGAAAUUUAGGCUGAAGGAAAAAUCUGUAUUUUAGACCUAUAUUCAGAUGAUAGGUGCCAGCCUAUACCUGUUUUGGGGGAACUUAGGCCAGUGGUCAGUUGGGGCUGAGAUGGAUGCUUGCCCACCCACCCCCACCACAGGGACUGAAGGGCUAGGGACAAAAGUUGAAAUUUGUCAGCCCUUCCCUCCUCCCUGAGUGGAGUGUGGGAGGGUCUUCAAGAAAACUUUGAUCCGUCUGGCUCUAGCUUGUGGAGGGAGGGGCUCGGGUUACAGCAUCCUCCUCCCUGGCCUAGCUGGCCCUUCUCCGCCCCUUGGUGACCCUUGUGGUCAGUGGCCCUGAUACUCAGGGCCUCUGGCCCCUCCCUGUCCCUCCCAUUCCCUGCUGUGUGAUGACCAGAAUCUGGGAGGAACCCUCAGUGACUGAGAGAGGGGCCAGGCUGAGAAGCAGCCUAGUGCUGCAUGGACAGGUUCUGAGACUCCAGCAGUCACCCUUUGAGGGCACCAGGAAGAAUUGUGGGCUCCAGCUUCAGGAAUCACAGGAAGAGGGGCAGCUGGGGCAGAGGCAGAGUCCUAGACUUGUAGAGUGGAUGCCUGUAGAGAGUACCAGCUCCACAGGGCCUGAGGAGUGGCUGGUAGCCACACAUCCCUGCCCGUUGGCCGUGUGUUCCCCAUGCUUGCCCCAUGGCCACUCCUGCUGCCUCUGCUCAUCAUCGAGCUCACUGGUCUGAUCUUGGGGACCAGCCUGCUGCCAGAGCCUGGAAGCCACCCUGGCAUGUGCCCAAACCAGCUCAGCCCCCACCUGUGGGUGGACGCCCAGAGCACCUGUGAGCGUGAGUGCGUCAGGGAUCAGGAUUGUGCGGCCUCAGAGAAGUGCUGCACCAAUGUGUGUGGGCUGCAAAGCUGUGUUGCAGCCCGAUUCCCCAGUGGUGGUCUGGCCAUAACCACCACAGCCGCCUCCUGUGAGGGCUUCCAGUGCCCACAGCAGGGCUCUGACUGUGACAUCUGGGAUGGGCAGCCUGUCUGCCGCUGCCGUGACCGCUGUGAGAAGGAGCCCAGCUUCACCUGUGCCUCUGAUGGCCUCACCUACUACAACCGCUGCUACAUGGAUGCAGAAGCCUGCCUUCGGGGUCUCCACCUGCACAUUGUGCCCUGCAAGCACAUCCUUAGCUGGCCACCUAGCAGCCCAGGACCACCUGAGACCACUGCCCGCCCAACCCCUGGGGCUGUGCCCAUGCCUCCUGCCCUGUACAGCAGCCCCUUACCACAGGCAGUGCACGUAGGGGGCACGGCCAGUCUCCACUGUGAAGUUAGUGGCCGCCCACCACCUGCUGUGACUUGGGAGAAGCAGAGCCACCAGCGAGAGAACCUGAUCAUGCGCCCUGACCAGAUGUAUGGCAAUGUAGUGGUCACCAGCAUUGGGCAGCUUGUGCUCUACAAUGCCCGGCCUGAGGAUGCAGGACUGUAUACCUGCACUGCACGCAAUGCAGCUGGCCUGCUGAGGGCUGACUUCCCACUCUCCGUGGUACAGCGAGUAAUGGCCAGGGGCCGCACACCAGGUGACCCGGCCCUGGCUGAGUGCCUGCCUGAUAUGCAGGCCUGCAGUGGUCCCCCUAUCCCUCACCAUGUCCAUUGGCACUUUGACCCACAGCGGGGCAGCUGCAUGACCUUCCCAGCCCUUGAAUGUGAUGGGGCCACCCGGGGCUUUGAAACAUACGAGGCAUGCCAACAGGCCUGUACCCACGGCUCAGGGGAUGCCUGUGCACUACCACCUGUGCAGGGUCCCUGCCAGGGCUGGGAACUGCGCUGGGCCUAUAGUCCACUGCUGCAACAGUGCCACCCCUUUGUGUACAGUGGCUGUGAGGGUAACAGCAAUAACUUUGAGAGCCGGGAGAGCUGUGAAGAUGCCUGCCCUGUGCCACGCACGCCACCCUGCCGGGCCUGUCGCAUCAGAAGUAAACUGGCACUGAGCUUGUGCCGCAGUGACUUUGCCAUCGUGGGGCGACUCACAGAGGUGCUGGAGGAGCCCGAGGCUGCAGGUGGCAUUGUCCGUGUGGCCCUCGAUGAUGUGCUCAAGGAUGACAAGAUGGGCCUCAAGUUCUUGGGCACCAAGUACCUGGAGGUGACACUGAGUGGCAUAGACUGGGCCUGCCCCUGCCCUAAUGUGACAGCUGGUGAUGGGCCACUGGUGAUCAUGGGUGAAGUGCGUGAAGGUGUGGCUGUGCUGGAUGCCGGCAGCUACGUUCGUGCUGCCAGUGAGAAGCGCAUCAAGAAGAUCGUGGAGCUGCUUGAGAAGAGGGCCUGUGAGCUGCUCAACCGCUUCCAAGACUAGUCUUGCCCAUGUUCCCACUCGUGUUCUCCAUCUUGCUGAAUAAAUACAUGUCUGUCA